AUGUCUUGGCCUCGAUCGCAGCUUCUGGAGAUUGGUGAUCAAACAUGGUGCCCUUCGUGGCUUCAUCAACACGAGCAAUUCUCCCUCACUCGACUAUGGAAUCUUAAAGUACCCGGGUGGAGUCGCGGAAGUCUCGCAACGCAGGCAUGUGCAGUGGUCGAAGAGCAUCUAAAAGACCUUUCUUCGUACACGAUCUUGGAUAUUUGUGCCGGCGCCGGCGGUCCUACGCCAGUCCUCGAGUCUGAGAUCAACAAAAAACUUGAGACUCAAGGCAAGGAACCUGUCCAGUUCGUUUUGAGCGAUCUCUUCCCUCAUCGUGAUGAAUGGAGUCGGAUCUCCAAAAAACAACAGAAUGUGACGUACAUUGACACCCCAGUCGAUGCGCGAGCUGCUCCUCGAAUUGCAGCAAAAGGCAGGAAAGAAUGCCGAAUCUUCAAUAUCUGCUUCCACCACUUCGGAGAUGAAGAUGCAGCGGGAAUUCUAAAAAAUAAUAUCGAGUCUGCCGACGCAUUUGUCAUAUUUGAAAUCACCGCACGCGAGGUUUGGACUUGCCUAUGUUCACCAUUGGUUUUCUUUUGGGCUUUCCACGUAACACUUGUCUGGUAUUGGAACUCGCCUGUCCAUCUCUUUUUCACAUUUGUCUUGCCUAUCGCACCGUUGACAAUAUGGCUUGAUGGGUUCAUAUCCUGCCUUCGAACUCGCACCACGACAGAAGUUCGCACAUUGCUGGAUCAGCCAGGUCUUGACCUCUCCAAGUGGACCUUCCAUAGCGGACAGAAAACUGUCCAGUUCCCGUUUAUCACUCUGUAUUACUAUAUUGGUGUGAAGUCAGAGUAA